CAUCUUUGGCGUUAGAUUUUGAAGGAUCGCAUUGGCGACGCGAAAUUCAUCAGUGAAACUCGCUCCUCGAGAAACCUGGAAGCGGAGAUGCUAUUCCGUGCACGCAGCGCAGGCACUACCGGAUUCUUGAGGGCGUCUGGUAUGCGCUGACAACGCGGGAUGCGGUCCUGGUCCCAUGCGGAGAACGAGCGUCGGGAUUCGGCUAAGUACCCAGUCUCCUCGAUAUCGAAAAUCUUCUUCCAGGUGCCGACUGCCGAGAAUUUCGAGAUUACUUUCCUACCAAAGUUCAAUCAGUUAAUGUCGCAGUAUCUUUUCCAUUGAUGACUAUCUGGUUCCUCAGUUUCCAGAUUAGAAAGGCACAGAGAUGAGAAUCUGGUGCAACCUGGAUGCACCGUGUUGAGGCUUUCCCUCGUCGUCAUUUGGUGAGCUGUUGCAACAUGCUAGGACGGUUCCCAUUGUUGGACUCCCGCCCAGCACGGGGCCUCACGUUCGAAUAAACUGUAUUCCAUUGAUUUGGUAGCAUCUUUCCAGUUGAUUCUUGGUUGAUUCGUUCACAGGGAGACAGAGCGCGGGUGUCGUUCCUGUAACUCAUGUACCCGCACCCCUCCAACCCAACCCUUUUUCACAGUGACAGUCUGGUUCAUCCCUUCCAUGAUUCAAAUACUCAAGUCGGUGUUCCUCCUCGGGGUCGCCAGUUCAGCACUCGCGCAUAUCCACUCUGGCAACCAAAUCCCGUUUAGCGAUCCAAGAUUCACACUGAACGGGAUACCCUUCUCAACGCGUGCCUACUGGAUGCGGCGCGCCAAUGAAGCUCUGCCGAAUCCUUGCCCUUUCGCUGCUUUUGGGACAGUCAUAGUCAAUCACACAGGGAAUCCAGGCUUGGGAGAGCUCAUCUGUACCGGCUCAAACAACAACAGUGCCACGGGCAACCCUACCCUUCACGGCGAGAUCUCAGCCAUCAACAACUGUACCACCAUCCUUACUUCUCCUGCUGGCCCAUACCGCCUCACUCCAUCACAAGCCAGUGCGGCAUUUACAUCCCUGACUCUCUAUACCAACGCGGAGAGUUGCCCGAUGUGUGCCUCUGCGAUCCGUUGGGCCGGGUUUAGAGAGUACGUGUAUGGGACGAGUAUCCCGACGCUUAUCGAGAAGGGGUGGGGGCAGAUUCGCAUUGUGUCGGCAGAAGUGUUCCAGCAGAGUUUCGAAUUGCCUAACCCGAGCAGGUUGCUGGGUGAAGUAUUGACGAAUGAGACGGAUCCCUUAUUUUCAUGGCAGUUCGACCCCGAUUUUCUUUGCCCCGCGGGCUGUGAAAGGCUGGGAGGAAGAUGUCAAUCGCUGCCAUGA